AUGCGAGGCCCUGCGCUGGCUCUCAAUGCCAGCCAGUAUUCACCCCAGGACGCAGAGGAGUAUGUUCUUCUUACAUUGACCCAGAACUAUGUUAUGUACGCGACGACGACACUGCUGGUUUAUGAACUCUUUACCACAUUCGACGAGGAGGUGGAACGAGUCUGGUCACUGCGAUGGAGAUUGCCUAAAGUCCUGUUUAUUAUCAACCGCUAUAUUGCGCGAGCCCUUUUAAUUCUUCAAUUCAUUGUGGGUGACUAUCCUGGAAUGUCAGCAGAGUUCUGCGAUGUCUAUGGUAUUUGGCAAGUAAUACCGGCUCGUCUGGCAAUCCUCGUCGCGCAAGCCCUGAUGGUCAUUCGUUUGUGGGCGAUUUACAACAACAGUAAAGUGAUGCUCUUCGUACUUCUCAGCUUGUAUACCGUGGAAUUUACUGCUGUCGUCGCGUGCUCCGUUCUUGUUAGCAUCAACACCCAAGGAGCCUCCCAGCCGUCCCCCCUUGGUUGCGGAUUAGAGGCUCGUUCCCCAUUGCUCAAAAAUUAUGCCAGUGGAACGUGGAUUGCGCCAGUUUGCUUCGAAUUUGUUAUUCUAAUUCUGACCCUCGUGAAGAUUGCUCCACCCCCGGGCCUGUCAUCUCUGCCUUUUUUCAGUCGCGUCUUCCAAGGUGCCAGCUUCACCCCACGUCAAUCUAGGAAUCCGACACUUGAUCUUCUGGCUCGCGACUCCCUCAUAUACUUUGCGUUUGUAUUCACGUUCACCCUCACCAAUGCGCUGCUCUACGAGCUCUCUUUCGGAUCCUUCUAUCGCGCCAUUCUUCUAGGACCCACUUCGGCCAUUUCAUGCAUUGCCGUCUCCCGCAUGAUCAUCAACAUCCGGUCUCUUCCCAACCCGUUGUCUGAAGACACUGCUAGUGACCCUAAUAGGCUCGACGUUCCCUCGAUGCAUAUGCUCUCCACCACGGGAGUUUUGUUUGCAGACGGCCGCGUUAUCGAAGCAGAUAAUUCAGAGAGAUAUUUGCACUCUAAGCGGCAGUCGACGAGUGUGAAUCGGAUGAGUGGUGAUCGUGCGUAUCUAGAAAGACGAAGUGGUCAGGAACGAGAAAGUGAUUAG